CCCCUCCUCCUGGCUAUCACCGCCCUUUUCAGGAGGACGGAGCAACCCCGUGCUUCAUUCACCCAAUGAUGAGUCGACUUAGGGUGGGGCGGGACUUGGGCUAGAGCGGAAGUGGUGGCCGGAACGGAAGUGCAGCUGCCGCCGCCACCGCCGCCGCCGAUUCCUGAGCCGGGUAGCCACUGCCGCUGCCGCCGCCACUGCAUCUACUGUCGCCGCCACCGCCGCUGCCGCCAGCAUCGCCUGAGGAGUGAGUCCGGGAAGGACGUAGUCGCUGCCCUUCGAUCUUCCCGGAAGCGCCUUUGCUCCCUACAGUCCUCCGCGAAAAUGACCAUGGACAAAAGUGAGCUGGUACAGAAAGCCAAACUUGCUGAGCAAGCUGAGCGUUAUGAUGAUAUGGCCGCAGCUAUGAAGGCUGUAACAGAGCAGGGACAUGAACUCUCCAAUGAAGAGAGGAAUCUACUCUCUGUUGCCUACAAGAAUGUGGAGCUGUUGGACAAAUAUCUCAUUCUCAAUGCUACCCAUGCAGAAAGCAAAGUGUUCUACUUAAAAAUGAAAGGAGACUAUUUUAGGUAUCUUUCUGAAGUUGCAUCUGGAGAUAAUAAACAAACCACUGUGUCAAACUCCCAGCAGGCGUACCAAGAAGCAUUUGAAAUCAGCAAGAAAGAAAUGCAGCCUACACACCCGAUUCGCCUUGGCCUGGCUCUGAAUUUCUCAGUCUUUUACUAUGAGAUUCUAAACUCUCCUGAAAAGGCCUGUAGCCUGGCCAAAACGGCGUUUGAUGAAGCCAUUGCUGAGUUGGACACCCUGAAUGAAGAGUCUUACAAAGACAGCACCCUGAUCAUGCAGCUGCUAAGGGACAAUCUCACCCUGUGGACGUCAGAAAACCAGGGGGAUGAAGGAGAUGCUGGAGAGGGAGAGAACUAAUGUCUAUUGAGCUCUGUGAUCUGUUUGGUGUCACUGUAUCCUCCACAUUAUGUCCCUUUGUGCGAUAAACAAAAACAAAAAAAAUCCAAUGUGGACUUUCGAUCUUUCACAGCCUAAGCCUUGCAGAAACGGUCCCUGGGAUGAACAGCUGGUAUUUGUAUCUAAAACUCAGACUGGUCCCUUAAAUGCCAUGGUAUUUUGAAGUCUUGAUUUGAUCAACAUUGACAAGGAUUACUGUGUGUUUAAUUUUUACAAACUGAACACUGUGAUUACAGGGCUUUAUAACUUAGCAGAGCUCUUCCUGGUAGGAAAAAUUGACCUGAAUUAUGUGUAACUUUUUGGAAAGUUUAAUCUGAUAUCAAAAUGGUCACUGAAAUACAAUUCUGUUGUAAAGUUGUACAGAAAGUUCUAGAGAUUCUCUUGUGAUGCUGGGACUUGGGCGAGAUGCUUACCCUUGGCAUCCUGAGUGUGGUAACUCACAGUAAUUCUGCCUGUGGUUGAGGGCCUGUUAACCCUUGAUCACUUUGGGCUGUUACCACUCAAAAGUUCAUGACCGCAAAUAUCUGCAGUGUCUUCUGAGGAAAUUCAAAACCUGAAAGUGAACUUCUUUGGCUGAUAAUUGGGCUGUAACACCACAAAAAGGUCCCGUGUUCAUACCACAUGUGUGACUAAACCUUUUUAUUAUAGCAACGUGUUCCUGAUUAGCUCCAUGUGAAAACGGGGCUGUUACCCCCUAGCUGAAGGAGAGGGGAAAGAGAGAGAAAGUAGUGUAUCAUAUAAACGGCCAUACCAGUUUUUUGGAUGAUUCUUCAAUGUUCUGUGGAUGCGGCCUCUUGCCUGAGGAGCAUUCCUAGCCUUGGGGUGGGAGCUGUGACACGUAACAUUCUUCUCACCCUGUCCUUUUGACUUUUGACUUUUUCCUCUUUAAAUGUACAGCUUUCUGCUUCCUUGGGUGGUUUUCUUGGGAAGCCUUUAUUAGUCAGUACUGUGUGGACAGGGCGGGGCAUUGAGCACAUGGUGAGAGCUGUGCUUUAAAGGUUGAGAAAGACCUUCCAGCACCACACCCUGUCUCCCUCCAGGUCUCAGCACAGUUGUUCUUCAUAGUAUGACCCAAAUCGGGAAAAAAUAAAGGACUUUUAAGUAUUUGUGAUUUCCCCCAUUGCACCCAGCCCUGACAGUGCUUUGUCUGUGCCUGUGACAGACCCUCCCUCCAGUGGACUCAUCCAGCUUCGUCCUCAGACACGCCUCAAGAAGACUUAGAACACAGGGAAGUUGCAUGGACACUACAGUAGAGAGAACCAAGAACAGCCAGGCCUUCAGUCUCACAGUAUCACCCCUCUACCUUGACAUUCCGUGUACCCAUAGCUGUAGAGUUCAUCCGUUUGUCCAUCUGCUGAAAUAUGAAAAGAAUUCAUGCACUGAUUUAAACAAAAACAAAAAACCCACAAAAAAAUUUCUUCUUUCUAGCUGAACAGAAAACGUGCAGUUAAUACUCGGCGCUUGACAAGCAGCAGCGAGUGUGGACCAAGCCUGUCUGUAUCUGGUAGCUCUUCGCUCUGUUUUCUUUCCUUACCAGUAUUCUGCCUAAUGUUUGCUUCCGUGGUGGUUCUUUGCCUAGCAAGCACACCUGUGGUUGUGAAAAUAGUAUAGCAAAAAGAAAAAGACCCCCUCCCCACCCCCAGUUACUGAUGUGCUAGAUCCGUGUAUGUCUUUUAAACAUUCUAGUUUCUCCUUACACAGAGUAAUCAGGACGAUGUAAAAACUCAAAAGUGAAAUAAAACAUCUUAUCAGUUA